AUGGGUUUCUUGAUUUUGCUGAAAUUAUCGCUUUUAUGUGUCGAUCUUUUUGCCUGGCCUGUGAUUGCUCUAGGAUAUCCUCUGAUACCGUUUUGGUCGAAAAUAAAACUCGCGACCAUUUUGUGGUUAGUGGUGCCACGGUUUAAUGGUGCAUGUUAUGCGUACCAGAGCUUUAUACGUCCGUACUUGAUCGUGAAUGUACAAGAAGCUAUACGUAGGUUUGAGGAACAAAGUCGUACGAGCGAGACAUUUCUUGAUGUGGCAGAUAAGUACAUGAAAGAGAAUGGAGUCGAGGCUCUAGAAAAGCUAAUUGCAGCAAAGAAGGAACUCAAAGAAUCUGAUGAUUCUCAGAGGGGUUCUCGGGUUCAAGAACCAGACGAGAAAAAUGUUGAGGCUACAUUGAAACUGCCUAAAGAACCUGAUGCUGCUGAGAAAGAUAAAGGAAUAUUAGAAACUCCCAAGGGGAUUGAAUUUGCAGCAACUGAAGUGACAAAAGUGAGGCUUUAUAAAGAAGUAUUAGAAACUCCCAAGGGGAUUGAAGCAACUGAACCGAUAAAGCCAGUCUCCAAGGAAAAAGCCCAUGCACCGGUUCUUAAUAAUAAAGACACAAUAGCACCACAAAAAACAACUUCAGACCAAAACAAACAACCGAUUAAUCUAAAAGCUGUACCGCCAGCUGCUGAAUGGACUUGUCACUUAUGUCAAGUUUCAACGACUAGCGAGAAGAAUAUGAACGACCAUCUCAGGGGGAAUAAGCAUACGUCUAUGUUACAGUCCUUGAAAUCGAGCAAGCUCAGUAAUAAUAAUACCACGAAAGACCAUCCAAGUCCUGGAUCCUCGUCGGGCCGUGAAGGUGGGCCCAAGCAAGAAUCGACUUUAAAGCCCAAAAACAUUGCUCAGAAGCUGCCUGUCAAGAAGCCCACUGUGGGUGUUCAGAACAAUUUUAAACACUGGUGUGCCCUUUGUGAUGUGCAGGUAUCUAGUGAUAUUACUCUGGGGGCUCAUCUCAAGGGGAAAAAACAUUGGGAAAUUUACACGCAUACUAAGCAGCAUGUAAAAUAA